AUGACCAGAUAUAACUCUUCAUCUGUGAAACCGCCGUUUGUUUCUUUAGAAACAAGUAUGGGAGUGAUGUGCAUUGAAUUGUACUGGGCUCAUGCUCCAAAAACGUGUAAAAAUUUUGCCGAACUUACUCGACGUGGAUAUUAUAAUGGAACUAUAUUUCAUAGAGUAAUUGCGGAUUUUAUGGUACAAGGUGGCGAUCCUACUGGGACAGGUUUUGGUGGUGCCUCAAUAUAUGGUGACCAUUUUCCUGAUGAAAUUCAUGAUAACCUCAAACAUACUGGUGCUGGAGUGGUAUCAAUGGCUAAUUCUGGACCAAAUACGAAUGGAUCGCAAUUUUUUAUUACGUUAGCGCCUGCACAGCACUUAGAUGGAAAGCAUACUAUUUUUGGGCGGAUCGCGGCUGGAUUGAAGGUUCUGCAAAAAAUAGGGAUGGUGGAUACAAAUGCUCAAGAUCGACCUAUAAGUGAAAUACGUAUAUUAAAGGCAUAUCUUAAGAACGAUUCGCGCUACUAA